AUGGGACAGACAGGGAGUGUUUCCGUAAACCCCCAAAAGCCGGAUAAGCAUACUAUCUCUUCAGGGUUGCUCAUUGCUGCCGACUUCAAUGAGGCGUCCGGUGGCGCUCGUGACUCUGAGCAUUCCGAGCUCCAUAGGAGCUUAGUAGAAGUCUUUUUAUCCCGAAUUGAUCCAGUAUUCAAGGUUAUACAUCAACCUUCUCUAAAGGCGUAUCUGUUAGAAGGCAAGCAGUAUCUCGACUAUGAAGAUGGACACCAUGCUCCAAAUACGCUCGCAUCCGCUAUCUACUAUGCUGCCGUUUGCAUUUUGAGCGAUGAAGAAUGUGAUCGGGUUUUCAAGGAGCACAAAUCUUCAGUGGUCGUGAAAUAUCGACGAGUUUGCGACGCGGCACUAUAUCAUGCAGAUUUCCCGACAACAAACGAUUUAACUGUUCUUCAGGCUUUCAUGAUAUCACUACUUUCAUACCGGCUUUUGGAUCAAGGUCGACGUGAAUGGACAAUGUUGAGCAUGGCAUUGCGAGUAGGUCAAGCGUUAUCGCUCCACAUUGUGAAUCCUCCCUUCUCAAUCAGACCGCUCGAGAUGGAAUUACGCAGACGUGUCUGGCAUGCUAUCGGCAUUCUUGACGCCCAGUCAUCUCUGGAUCGAGCAACCGAGCCGAUGGUCAUACCCGCAUGGCUCGAACAGAACACUGCAUCGAACAUCAACGACAAUGAUAUCGGCUUUUUCAGCGAUGCUAUCCCACCAGAAACAACUGAAUACACUGAUAUGACAUUCACAUUGCUUAUAUCGAAAGCGCAUAAAAUUAUGCGAUCGCUCAAUUUUUCGCGUUGGACGCAACAUGGGAUCAUGGACAUGGAAGAUCGACAGUCAAUUGUGAUCGGAUUUCAGAAAGAGGCAAUAAAAAUGGUUUCCGGGUGCUGUCCGGACAAAGACCCGCUUCAGUGGCUUACUGUCAAGACAGCGGAAUGCCUCACUGCUUCUCUACAGCUGGCAGCACUGAGGCCUUUACAACGGGAUUCGAGUUUCACACCCCCGCAGGUCAAGAAUCAUGGUCUUUUGAAACUUUGCGUAGAUAUUCUGCAGAGAACACAAAAUCUAUGGGAGAACCCUCUGGUCGAACCAUGGCGCUGGUUUCAAGAAUUAUGGGCCCCUUGGCAUCCACUCUCGGUGGCCCUUGCUGAGCUUUGUUCUUGUGACGAUGUCUCUGUUAUGGAGGCGUACUGGCCAAUUGUGGAACACUCAUUCUGCGUCGUUGGGCAUGCCGUGGCAGACUCCAAAGAAGGGAUGCUGUGGAAACCUAUUGAUAAAUUGAUGAAACAGGCAGAAUCAAAAAGAGCGGUCCUCAUAACAACAACUGUUCCGCAGGAGCCAAAACAACCCACUCCUGUUAACCAACUUGCCCGGAGCAACCAACAUAAAGACUCCACACUGAGCUCAACUUCGAAUGAACAGAGCGCUGUCCGCAAUGAUUUACCGCCCGUUGAGGCAAGGGAGCAGAGCAUUUCAGAGCCCUAUGCCUCGAAGGAUAUCUGGGAGAUAUUAAACUUUGACGACUGGACGGAAGAUCUUGGCCAAACCUCCUGGUCUAGCUUCACGAGCUUUCUUGAUGAUUUGCAUGUGGCAGAUGACUCUAUAUUGACCUUCGGAUAA